AUGCGUUCCAAAUAUGCCUGGGUGUGGAAAGAUGGAACCUGUGAUGCUGCCUCUGGAUUCUAUAAAAAAACUGUAUUGCAGGAACAGCGAGAGCAGUCCACCGUUUGCUACAGCGAUCUAGCCUGCUAUGCUGAACGGAGCAUGACAAAUUCCGAAGCACGACUAGAAAAUGCCUCUCAUGGGGCUCUGCAUGAGAAACAUCAUCAGCAUGCAGGAAUAUCCUUUGUAAAAACCGCGGUUCUGGGACUCGUAUGUUUUGCAAAAGUCUCGUACUCGUAUAAAUGCAUUACAAAUUUCCUCAGCAUGAGAAAUAAAAUUUGUAAUGCUGAUUUUCCUUGA